GCUAAAUCUCACAAAGUCAUACCUUUCAAUUCUUCGUAACUUUUCAGUGUCUGUACCAGUAUGUUAGAGUCAUUUAUUUAGAUUCACAGUAUGUUCCAUAUGUUCGGACUGAUGCUAUGCUCAAACUGUACUUCUUUAAGUUGGACUUUCUGUACACCUGUUAAAACUCACAUUUCUGUUCAUUUGAAAAUGUUAAAACUGAAAUAUUCGACCCCCACAAUUUUACAAAUCUAUUUAUUCCAUAUGCAUCAGCGUAUAUGAUUAUAAUAUACAUACAUAUUUCAUUUUACACGAUUGCGGAGAACAUAGCUAGCUUAAUUCCAAAUAUAAAUGAAAUACAGCUCAAUGCAUCAUAUGACGCCAUUGUGGAAAAAAAACAAAACAAAGGCAAUGAGUGACGUGCAAAAACAUCGUUUUGGAAAGUAGGGGGAAAUGUUCUCUUGAUUUUUAAGAUAAAGAUAUCAAAGAAACUGUUCGUAUUGUAUCUUGAGUUACUUGAGCUUUUCACAAUCAUCCAACACUUGUAAACAAGUAGACAAAUAAUACACAACCUUAUAAAGAGGACAUAUAUAUCUAGACUUUUAUGUUUCUAUGUUACAUAUCCAUUGUAUUCAUCAGUGAACAGUUCCAGACUGUUAUGAUUUUUACUGUAAUGACAACUAUUAAAUGAUCACAUCUGUGCUUCAUUAAGGUAAUUAACGACAUGUGUAAAAUAUUUUAACUUGAAUGGUUCCCUCACCGCAUAAACUACCUGUACCUCGGUGUGACGGCGAUAUUAGAUAUUGUUUCACGUGAGACAGGCUGCGUUUUGUGAGGUUAGUACCAGCUCUAAGGACAAAGGUCAUCCCCGAACUGACCGGUCCUAGGGAGGUGACGUUUGAUAACAGUGGUAGGUAAAAUGUGGCAUUUAUUGUAAUUGAUUUUUGUCUAUUAACAAACCCUUCAAUAAUCAGUACCCUAACACGUUCCGGUGAUAACGAGAGAAACGACAUACUCCGAAUGUUUCCACUCAUCCUCAUAUCCACAUACCAAAUUAUCAACGUAAAGCGCCUGGUGUAUUUUGUGAACAUCACAUUUCUAUAUAAGAAAAGGUAGGCUUCAGGUAAGAUUAAGAUAACAAAGAGAUCGGAUAGACAACAUCUGGAGAUAGGCCGCCAUUCGAUUCUCCUCGUGUCCUAUCGUAACGGAUAAACGGACAGCGGUCAGAAUCUAUAUUAAUAAACUGACUUACCUAUUCAGUUCAUCUUUUGUACCUACCCGACUGACAAUUUAUUAUCUCUGUUAUUUAAUAAACUCACUAAGACGGAUUUGCUCAGUUUGUUUCAUUAUCGGACCAUUCUCUCACCUGUUUUGAACCUGAGAACAAUCCUGUUGUGUUGUAUUAACACGGGCAGAUGAAGUGGACAAUGACUACUAUUUCAUUUACUGGAUUUCUACUCCUGUGCAACAUCGCGGGUGUCUGCGCAGGAGGGACGGGAAUAAUGAGGUUACUUUCCUAUGAAAACCCCACCCAGAAGCUCGCCAGCGGACAGUGCUGUGAUCAAACUCGUACAACAAACUGUUCCAGGAACCAGUGUGACCCCAAAUUCAUCGUCUGUCUGUACCAGCAGCUGGAUUCCAAGCAAUGUUCCUUGGGAAGAGAAGAGUCCUACGUUUUCAAUGAUACCUCCAUCGUCACCUUCAAUGACACGUUUGGGGAAUCAUCAAACCCGUUACACUUCAACUUUUCAUCUUGGAAGAUGGGUUUCGUUAUAACCGUGGCGGUGGUAGACUUUGAUGCCGAUGGAACCUCUGACACCAUGGACAUAAUGAUUCAGUCCGAGGACGUGGAUUUGGCGGCUGGAGCUGUCCACGACGGUCUGAGCCUCAAAGGGACAAGGGGCAUGUUACAUUUGGAGUUCAGUAUAGAGUGUGAUCCUGGGUACUACGGUGAUUGCUCUAGUCCACCACCACCUCAAGACGAGGAUAAUACCGCGGUCGUGGUCGGGGCAGCAGUUGGAGGAGGCACUGUUCUGUUACUGGUGUUAGUGUCGGCUUGGUACUUCCUCAGGAAAUACAUAAUCAAGAGGAAAACGAACAUUGGUACCGAGAAGAUCCAAUCUACAGACAAAAUGACAGGGGACGCAACUUCUUCACCUCGAGAUGGCACUACUGUUAUGGAAGUGGUGAACGGCAGACCAGACUAGACGAAUGAUCACCAGAACUACGGACAGUGAAUUUCUUAAUAGACUCUGAUAAUAAAACCAUAUGACAAUUUUCUAAUUUUGAUACAAAGUAAGGAUUUCUAAGCGGACGGAAUGUUGAUUGGCUAAGCCAUGUAUACACGUCUGCGGACGGAGUGUUGAUUGCCUAAGCCAUGUAUACACGUCUGCGGACGGAGUGUUGAUUGGCUAAGCCAUGUAUACAUGUCUGAACCGACUAAACAAAUGACUUAUAGGCAUUUUUUCUUGUAGAAUUUGAAUGAGAACGUUUCUUAUUAGCAGACCAUUUAAUUUAACUUUGUGCGAAACAGACAUUUGAUUUAAGUUUGAAAAUAAAGGUUGAUCAAAAUGAU